CCCCCACCAUUUCCUGUUUCCAACAUGGCGUGCCGGGUCUGUCUCCAAAAGCCAUGUUGAGGAGGGGGCACCCUUACCCGGUGUGACAUCGCAGCAGAUGAGCCGGGUCAGCCGCGUUCGAGCUGAAGCAUCGUUUCCUCGGCCGCACACACAACAGGAGGAGCCAUCAUGUCCUUCCAGUGGGAGACCCUAAGCCCGGCAGAGUUCCAUCAGCUACAGGAGUACACCUCAUAUUCCAGUAAGAAGCUGAAGGAUGUAUUAGACGAGUUCCAUGGUGCAGAUCACAGCUACAACCCAGAGGAGACUGUAGACUAUGAAGGGUUCCAGAGGUUUAUGGGAAUGUAUCUGGAGGCUGACGUAGGGGAGGACCUGUGUCGCCACCUGUUCCAGUCCUUCCAGAAGAAACCCCGACAACCCCAACAGAACCCGCCUAGUAACUGUAGCAGUCUGGAGCUGGCGCUAAAACGCGAUGUUACAGGUAAGGCAGCUAUGGCCACUGCAAACAUGGUGUGUGCCCCCAUCACCAGCCAGGCCGUGGCGCCAGACGAGGGGUGCAGCACGGUCUCCAACCCUGACACCACCAACAGUGAAACUCCCCUGGUGGUCAGCAGCUACUCGUGUGACAGGCUCACCGGCACAGGCAGAGGGGGGGAGGACGCCGCGGGGUUGGAGAUGGGUGGACCCACGGAGGGGAACUCAACAUGCUCCUUACCAGCUGUCUUUUCCAGCGAGGCACCAGUCCCUCAGCAAUGCAGCAAGUCUCCUCAGAGGUCCUCAGCAGGAGAGGGAAGUCUCAAGGAGAGGACUCUUACUCCUGCUGACUCAGACGACGUCGUCUUCCUUAAAGACAUCGUCUGCUACUUGUCUCUUCUGGAAGGAGGUCGAGCAGAGGAUAAAUUGGAAUUUAUGUUCAGAUUGUAUGACACGGAUGGAAAUGGACUGCUGGACAGUUCGGAAAUCGAAUGCAUAAUCAGCCAAAUGAUGCAUGUAGCAGAAUACCUGGGUUGGGACGUCACAGAACUCAGACCAAUCCUUCAAGAGAUGAUGGUUGAGAUUGACUACGAUGCUGAUGGAACUGUGUCUUUAGAAGAGUGGAUCAAGGGUGGGCUCACCACCAUACCUCUGCUGGUCUUACUGGGGUUAGAUACAAAUGUGAUUAAAGACGAUGGUAACCACAUAUGGCGGCUGAAGCACUACAACAAGCCGGCUUUCUGCAACCUUUGUCUCAACAUGCUGAUGGGCCUGGGCAAGCAGGGCCUCUCUUGUACAUUCUGCAAGUACACGGUGCAUGAGCGCUGUGUGCAGCGGGCCCCCGGCUCCUGUAUCAGUACCUACACCAAGUCCAAGAGAUCAUCCAACGUCAGUGGAACACCACAGACAAUGAACCACUUCUGGGUGGAAGGGAACUGUCCCACCAAAUGUGAUCGCUGCAGGAAGACAAUCAAAUGUUACAACGGGCUGACAGGGCUCCACUGUGUGUGGUGUCAGAUGACUCUACAUAACAAGUGUGCCAGCCAUGUGAAGCCAGAGUGCACCUUGGGAACACUCAGGGACCACAUCCUGCCCCCAACAUGCAUCGUUCCUGUGGUGUUGGAGCGCAGACGCAGCACGAGUUCCAGAGACCGUGAGCCGCAGCCCAGACGCAGCACCACCAGCACCGAGGGCGUCGGCUCGGACGGAGACAACUCCGCCUCCAGCGGGAACGUCAGCCGCUCCAUGUCCAGGACCAACUCCAUGAACAUGGACGGACAGGGUCUACAGAUCACACCUCUCCAAGGCACACAUCCUCUGCUCGUCUUCAUCAACCCCAAAAGUGGAGGCAAACAAGGAGAAAGAAUCCUGCGCAAGUUCCAGUACCUUCUCAACCCUCGACAAGUCUUCAACCUCAGUAAAGGUGGGCCCAUGCCUGGGUUGAAGUUCUUCAGGGAUGUGCCAGACUUCCGAGUUCUCUGUUGCGGAGGGGAUGGUACUGUUGGCUGGGUCCUGGACAGUAUAGAUAAGAUGCAGUUUGCCCAGCCCCCUCCUGUUGCCAUCCUGCCACUGGGGACAGGGAACGACCUGGCCAGGUGUCUCAGAUGGGGAGGAGGUUAUGAAGGAGGCAGUCUGACUAAGUUCCUACAUGAGAUAGAGCGCAGCAGUGUGGUACUGAUGGACCGUUGGCACCUGGACAUCACUAACCACUCGGAUGAGAAGGGAGACCCUGUGCCCUGUAACAUCAUCAACAACUACUUCUCCAUCGGCGUGGACGCUUCGAUAGCGCACCGCUUUCACCUGAUGAGAGAGAAGCAUCCGGAGAAGUUCAACAGUAGGAUGAAAAACAAGUUGUGGUAUUUUGAAUUUGGGACAACUGAAACAUUAUCGGCAACAUGCAAGCACUUACAUGAAGACCUAGAGAUACAGUGUGAUGGGAUGUCAUUGGACGUGGGCAGUGGGCGCUCACUGGAGGGCGUGGCCAUCCUCAACAUCCCGUCCAUCUACGGAGGGUCCAACCUCUGGGGGGACAACUCCUCCGCCAAGAAAAGAAGCAAACAUUUUCGCAAACAGCUGAAAAAACGGGACAAGACACAGGACCACCUUUCUGUCAGCAGUGGGUCUGGGGACCUGCAAUUUGCAAUACAAGACAUUGGUGAUAAGAUGUUGGAGGUUGUUGGUCUGGAGGGAGCCAUGGAGAUGGGGCAGAUCAAGGCUGGGCUGAGAAACGCGUGCAGGCGACUGGCACAGUGUUCUUCUCUCACUCUUAGAACACACAAGAGACUUCCCAUGCAGAUUGAUGGAGAGCCCUGGAUGCAGCCCCCAUGUGUGGUGACCAUCACCCAUAAGAACCAAGUGCCAAUGCUGAUGGCCCCUCCAGCGUCCAGUAAGGCAUCCUUCCUCAACCUGUUCAAAAAGCGAUGACCCUUGUAAGCCAUGUGAAUGACGAUGUUUGCUCGACUGGCAACUACACACACUGGGGCGAUGCACCACCGAUGCAAUAUGUCUGGCACUCCUCCUGUUCUGUGACAGGAGAAAUGUGUACUCUGUGUUCUUGUGCUGUCAGUGUAACAGCAUGGUGUGUUUAACUGGUUACUACCCUCGAGUGAUACAGAAUCAGUCCCAGCGUUCUAACCAGCCUGGAUUUUUUUUCUCGUCAUCUCAAUUUUGUUUAGUGUGACAUAAUUUUGGUUUAGCAAUCCUAGGGGGGUCUGGUGGAAAUCUUGACCCUCUGGAACACUAUUUCCUGCAUUUUGAGGAGCAAAUUUUGCUGGUAGACUAAGCUUAGUUUAAUUAUAAAAUUAAAUAUUAUCUGUUUCUGUAUCUUUACACUCUGAUUUUUGCCUGUCAAUGAUGACAGAUUAGGCAAAAUUAUUGCAUCUCUUGAACGGCAAAAUUACGUCAAAUGAUGGAACGACAGACGCUGGCUAGAACACCGAUCAGUCCAAUUCUUGUACUCACAAACUGUGUUCCAGCUGUCUGUAGAUAAUAUUAUACUCAGUCUUUUGGUUGCUGGUGACCAGAUAUUUGUUUGAGGAUUUCUUCUCAUGAGCCAUGCAAUGAAAUGUGGUUAAUAGCUCUCCUUACAUUCCAAAGCCCUUCUAACUGUUGAUAUUCCAUAUUACAUUGUCAUGUAUAUUAUCUGAUUGCUUCUCAGUUAACCUACAGGUAUAUGUAUGACUAGUGCUGCAUACCUAAACCCACAUUCAGGUUCAGGUCCGGAUUCAAGUCCAGAGGUUUAGGUUCA